AUGGCGGAAAGUAAUUCAGUAUCAAGUUUGUUGUCAGUGUUGAUUCCAACAGGUGUAUACUUUGGUAUCUUCAUGCUCUUUUUUAUUUUGUUGAGAAAGAAGCAGACAAGGGUCUAUGAACCGAGAACAACAGUGGAUACCGUUUCGAAUGACUUACGACCCGAUGAAAGCCCAAGGGGUAUCUUUGGGUGGUUAUCCAAUCUUUUAAAGAAGCCUGAAAGGUACCUAAUUCAGCAAGUUGGUGUCGAUGGAUAUUUCUUCCUUAGAUUGAUAUUUCAAUUCUCUAUGAUUUGUUUUAUUGGGUGCUUCGUUACUUGGCCCAUUUUGUUUUCAGUAAAUGCUUCUAAUUCGCAUAGGCAACAGCAAUUAGAUCGUAUAGCGUUUGGUAAUGUUAAAGAUAAAUGGAGAUAUUUUGCUCAUGUUUUCGUAUCGUGGGUAUUUUUUGGGGGUGUGGUGUUUUUUAUUUAUCGAGAACUUGUUUAUUAUACUACAUUCAGGCAUGUACUUCAAACCACUCCUCUCUACGACUCCUUGUUAUCAUCCAGGACAUUGUUGUUAACAGAGGCUCCAGAUUCGAUUUUGGAUGAAACUGAUUUAAGGAAGAAUUUCCCUACUGCAACCAACAUCUGGUAUGCUCGUGACUAUACGGAAUUGCAGAAGACUGUGAAAGAAAGAACUAAAUUGACUAACAAAUAUGAAGGCGCUCUUAAUAAGGUUAUAAAGAAGGCUGUUAAGCUCAGAAACAAAUGUCUUAAAAAAGGUAAGCCAACUCCUGAACCUGCUGAUGACUUGAAUAAAUACUUGAAGGAUGGAAAGAAGAGGCCAACACACAGAUUAAAGUUUUUAAUCGGUGAAAAGGUGGACACUUUAAACUACGGAGCUGACCACUUGGGUGAGUUGAACAAAGAAAUUAAAAAGAAACAACUUGAACAUCUUUCAAACACGCAGGUUCCUAGUGUUUUUCUCGAAUUUCCUACUCAGUUGGAAUUGCAGAAGGCUUACCAGGCUAUUCCUUACAAUAAAGAGUUCAAAAACACAAUCAGACUGAUAGGCUUGACGCCUGAUGAUAUCAUCUGGGAAAACAUGGCUUUGACUACAAAUAAAAAGAGGGUAAAGAAGGUUAUUGCUAACACGGUUUUAACCUUGCUUAUAAUAUUCUGGAAUAUUCCCGUUGCGUUUGUUGGUGCGAUUUCUAACAUUUACUUUUUGAUCCAGGUUGCUCCUUGGUUAAAGUUUUUGGAGAAUAUGCCAAGUCCUAUAAGAGGUAUCAUUAAUGGGUUGUUUCCAGUUAUAGCUUUGUCGAUCUUGAUGGCCAUGGUACCUGUCUUUAUCAAGAAAAUGGGAAAAGUUGCUGGAUGUGUAAGCGUCCAGCAAGUGGACUCUUAUUGCCAGACUUGGUAUUAUGCUUUCCAAAUAGUUAAUUGUUUUAUAGCCAUGACUUUGGCAUCUGCCGCAAUUUCCGCUGCCCCGACAAUUGUUAGAGAUCCUCUGACAGCCAUGGGCUUAUUGAAGCAGUACGUUCCAACCGCUUCCAACUUCUUCAUAAAUUAUUUUAUCUAUCAAGGGUUAUCAAUAACUGCUUCUAUGCUUGCGCAGCUUGUUCCUUUAAUUUUGGCACAGUUUUUGGGCAAAAUAUUAGAUGGCACGCCUAGAGCCAAAUGGAAUCGCUGGAACACUUUGGGCCAACCUGGAUGGGCUACUACGUACCCGACGUAUCAGAUUUUGUUCUUGAUAGCUAUGGCUUAUUCCAUCAUUAGUCCUUUGAUUUUGGGAUUUGCAACUAUCGCUUUUGCCUUCUUUUACUUUGCCUUCAUCUAUUGCUUGGUUUAUGUACUGCAACCCUACCAACAUGAUUCUCGAGGCAAGAACUAUCUUAUGGCACUUUUCAUGACAUUUGGAGCUGUUUAUUUUGGAGAAGUUUGGAUCCUAGCUUUGUUUGUUUUCUCUAAGAAUUGGGCAUGUGUUGUUUUAGAAGCUGUUUGCAUUGCAGCUACUGCUCUUGCUCAUAUUUACUUCAAGUGGAAGUUUUUACCAUUGGUUGACGCAGUUCCAAUAUCUGCUAUCAAGUAUGCCUCUGGUGAUUCAACUUUCCAGUAUCCCAUGCAUGACCAGGGUUUGAAAGAAAUAAAAGUCGAAGGUGAGAACUAUUGGCAAGGAGGAAAUCAGCUUGGAUUGGCACCGACUCAUGACCAAGUCUUACCCUCUAUUCAGAAAGAAAGCAAAGAAAGCAAGGAAAGUAAUGGCGCCUUAUCUGAGGACUCUGCUAUUGGUGGUGAGUCUAUAGAGCACGAAAAGGUCUCUGCCGCUUCAGCUAAUGAUAUAUCAGAGCAUCCUAACAACGGAGUUGAACCUAAAAAGUUCGCCAAUUUUUUCAAGAGAUACUUCCAUCCGAAGCUUGAAUCAUUUGACAUGAUCAGGAAGAUUAUGCCAAACUGUUAUUUCAACUAUAUUGAAUAUAAUGAUGAUUUCCUUAAGACAGCUUAUGAUGAUCCAGCAGUUACAAACGAGGAGCCGCAUAUUUGGAUAGCUAGAGAUGAAAUGGGCUUGUCUGAAAUUGAGAAAAAUAAAGCCUUGGAAAAUGGUGUCGAUGUUUCUGAUGAUAAUGCAACAUUUGAUGAAAAGGGUGAUCUUGUUUACACAGGUCCACCACCAUCAUAUGAAGAAGCUAUAAAGAUGUGA